AUGGAAAAUCACAAGAACCAAACUGUUUCUAUUGAGCCUCAAACAGAAAGAACAAAACUUCCAAAUUUUCUUAUAUCAGUUAAACUCAAAUAUGUGAAACUAGGUUACCAUUACUUAAUCUCAAAAGCUAUGUACCUUUUUCUUAUACCACUUUUUGGUGCAGCUUCAGCUCAUUUAUCCACAAUCUCAUACCAUGAUGUUAUUCAGCUUUAUGAGAAUCUCAAGUUCAAUCUCAUUUCAGUAACUCUAUGUUCUAGUCUUAUGAAAAAGAUACUUGAGAGAUCUGGUUUAGGACAAAGGACUUCUUUGCCUCCAGCAUUGUUGACUGUUCCACCAAACCCUAGCAUGGCUGAAGCAAGGAAAGAAGCUGAGGAGGUUAUGUUUGGGGCUAUUGAUCAGCUUUUGGAGAAAACUGGUGUUAAGGCUAAGGAUAUUGGGAUUUUGGUUGUCAAUUGUAGUUUGUUUAAUCCUACACCUUCUCUUUCUGCUAUGAUUGUGAAUCAUUAUAAGUUGAGAGGGAAUGUUCAAAGUUAUAAUCUUGGUGGUAUGGGUUGUAGUGCUGGACUUAUCUCUAUUGACCUUGCUAAACAGCUUCUCCAGGUUCAUCCAAACUCUUAUGCCUUAGUGGUAAGCAUGGAGAAUAUCACACUCAACUGGUAUUUUGGCAACAACAGAUCAAUGUUAGUUUCAAACUGUCUCUUCAGAAUGGGAGGAUCAGCAAUUCUCCUCUCCAACAAACCAUCUGACAGCAAAAAAGCCAAAUACCAACUGAUCCACACCGUCCGGACUCACAAAGGCGCAGACGACAAAUCAUACGGCUGCGUCUUUCAAGAAGAAGACGAGAAGAGAUCAGUUGGUGUAUCCCUCUCAAAAGAUUUAAUGGCUGUCGCCGGAGAAGCACUCAAAACAAACAUCACAACACUUGGUCCAUUAGUCCUACCUAUGUCAGAACAGCUUCUGUUUUUCGCGACUUUGGUCGCAAGAAAAGCCUUCAAGAUGAAAAUAAAACCCUACAUUCCUGACUUUAAGUUGGCUUUUGAGCAUUUUUGCAUUCAUGCUGGUGGAAGAGCUGUUUUGGAUGAGUUAGAGAAAAAUCUUGAUCUUAGUGAUUGGCAUAUGGAGCCAUCAAGGAUGACACUUUAUAGAUUUGGUAACACUUCUAGUAGCUCAUUGUGGUAUGAAUUGGCUUAUACUGAAGCUAAAGGGAGGAUUAGAAAAGGUGAUAGAACUUGGCAAAUUGCAUUUGGUUCUGGAUUCAAGUGUAACAGUGCUGUGUGGCGUGCAUUGAGGACCGUUGAUCCUGCUAAGGAAAAGAAUCCAUGGAUGGAUGAGAUUCAUGAGUUUCCUGUUCAUGUGCCUAAAGUUGAAACCAUUGGGAAAACAAGUUAG